GUAUGCCAUCCCACCUGAGCACGGCAAGAGGCUGGAGAGGUUGGCACAAGGGUUCUUCCCUGGAAGCUGCCAAGGCUGUGACGCCUUCCUUCGCCACAAGAUGACGCUGAUAUCUCCAUCCAUCCUGAAGAAAUAUGGCAUUCCCUUCGACAGGAUAACUCAGAAUGAAGGGGAGUUUAUGAUCACCUUUCCUUAUGGCUACCAUGCUGGCUUUAACCACGGCUUCAACUGUGCAGAGUCCACAAACUUCGCCACCCUGCGCUGGGUGGACUACGGCAAGAUGGCCACACAGUGUACCUGCCGUAAGGACAUGGUGAAGAUCUCCAUGGAUGUGUUUGUGCGCUGCCUGCAGCCAGAUCGCUAUGAGCUUUGGAAGCAGGGCAGGGACACGACGGUGUUGGAUCACCUUAAGGCAACAGAGCUCAGCAGCCAAGAACUAGAGCGCUGGAGGGAGGAUCGUGUCACGCAGCGCGCAAACCUCCUGCGAAGAGCCAUGCAGAAAAUGAAGCAGUUUCGUCGUCUGAAACUGGAGGAGGUAAAGGUGCUGGCAGAGGAAGGCAUUGAGCUGAAUGCGGCUGAUUACCAGCGUCAGGUGGAGGAGCGCGAGGCCCAGCGAAGGAAGGAGAGAGAGGAGCGUUUAGCCCGGGAGGCCAUGGUGACCCUGGAGGCCAUGGAGCGUGAGGAGCAGGAGGCUGCUGAGGCUGCUGCUAGGGCGGCUAUUUCCGCAUGUAAAGACAUAAAACAGGAAGCACCGGAACUCGAGAACAAGCCACAGGACUUGAUGGAGGACAUUGAGAGAAAGAAGCAGAAAAAGGGAAAGAAGAUGUUAAAUGCCAUCGAAUCCACUACUGGGUUUCAGGAAGUUUUUGAGCAGUUUGCUACAUCUGGCAUGAGGACAACAAUUAACCCCGUCGUUGGUCACCCAGAGAUGGCAAAUCCUUUAAGCCCCAGACAGAGUGACAUCCCAGCAGACAUCAAGCCAGAUGCAUGUUACUCAAAGAUGAAGAUGCCAACAGAAGUCAAAAAGAGUCGCCGUCAUCCCCUCAGCAAGCCCCCCAUGCGCUCUCCUUUGUCCCUCGUCAAGAAAGAACCAACAGGCGACAAAGAGCUGUCCUCCCCCAUGCCCCUGGACAGCGACAUGAAGAAACAAGAGCAUCUGUGGCAGAAUCACUCCCCCAACUUCCUGGCAGAGAAGGCUUUCAAUAAUGCAGUGGCAGCCCUUCAACCACACUGUUCUAUCUGCUCACUUUUCUGUCCUUACACAAAGCCACAAAAAGACUCUAUGCUUCCGAAUAACUCCCAGCGCACCCUCAUUCCCCGUCCUGGCAGUCGCACUCGUCCACUAGUGUCGGAGAUGUGCUUCAGUGUGGGUGCAGGCAACACCGAGCCGUCACCCACCAACUAUCACACUGGAGAGGAUGGAACCAGUCCUCUGCUCUGCUGCUCAUCCUGCCACAUGCAGGUUCAUGCCAGUUGUUACGGUGUGAAGCCAGACUGUGUCAGUGAUCCCUGGAUGUGCUCCAGGUGUGCAGCAGGAGCCUGGACAGUGGAGUGUUGUCUCUGUAACCUGCGCGGAGGAGCUUUGAAGACUACAACUGACAAACGCUGGGUCCAUGUCAUCUGCGCCAUAGCUGUGGCUGAAGCUCGCUUCGUCAACGCCAUCGAGAGGGAGCCGGUGGACGUCAGUGCCGUCCCAGAAUCACGCAAAAAUCUGAAGUGUGUGUUCUGUCACAGCAGUAAUUCCAGUCAGAACCGCGGCGCCUGCAUCCAGUGCUCAUACGGGAACUGUGCCACCUCCUUCCAUGUCACCUGCGCCCAAAUCGCCGGAGUUGUCAUGAAACCCGCAGACUGGCCCUACGUGGUCUCCGUCACCUGCCACCGGCAUAAAAGGGUCCCGCCCAAGCCUCGGCCAGCACCAAAAACCCCACAAGGUCCAAACGUGAGCCAAAGGGUGAUUGGUCGCAACGUUGACGGCUGGUACUACCACUGUGACAUCAUCGGCGUGGCCGCUCAGACGUACUACGAGGUCAACUUCGACGACGGCUCAUACUGCGACAACCUGCACCCUGAAAACAUAAUGAGUCAUGACUGCCUGCGCAGCGGUCCUCCCGAGGUGGGAGAGUUAAUUGUGGUCAGCAUGCCUGACGGUCAGGUCCUCAACGCUUCCUUUGUCAGACAGCACACCCACAAAUUUUAUCAGGUUGAGUUUCAGGACCAGACUCAGCUGAUGUUAAAACACUCAGAGAUCCAUCAGCUGGACCAGGAGCUGCCCAAAAGAGUCCGAGCCCGACUGGCAAUACCUGCCCCCCAAGAGGGGGUUCCCCCAGCAGAUGAAGCUCAAGCAGCCAAGCGCCCCCGCCUUCCAUUCAACGUAGCCCCGCCCGCUGACACCCCCAUGGAGACCACUCACAACCCAGCCUAUCCCCAAACCGCAGCCCCGUUAGCAGCAGCAGCAGAUCACAGUAUUAACACACAGCCCACCUCACAACUCCUGUCCCAGCCCUUCCCCACCCCGCAGGAUGCCCCCACCUUAAACAAUGGCACUCAGAUGGACGCUGUGACCCCGAUGGACACGAGCCUCGCCCUCACCAACGCUUUAACGGAGUCACCCCUGUCAUCGGACCCCACGCUGACUCCCCAGUCGACCCCCUUUCAGUCGACGUUGAACUCUGACCCCCUCCUGUCUGUGCCGUCCCCUCCCCUGCCUCCACAGCACAUGUCCGAAAGCUACAUCCACAGCAGCGGCUUCGUUUCCUACAUGGAGACCCUCCUCAAUUCACAUUUCCCUCAGGACAAUGGACCCGGACCCCUGUAUUAAAACACAACUCCACUAUAUUAUUCCUCAACCUCACUGGCUGAGGAAGAAGCCACUCAGAAGUAAGCUAACAGAGAUGGAUUCUAACGAGUGCUGUAUUAAUGGACAGAAACAUUUUGUGCACUUGCUCUGAAAGCUCAGGACAGAGCAGGAAAACACACGGACACAAGAGCACUCUUUUAAUGCAUGUUACUUUUCUAUAUUUGACUUAAUGUAUUUGCAGUGGUGCUUCAGCCUCUUCUGGAGCCAUGGCUAAAAGAGGACACCGUUUUUUUAUUUGAACAUUAUUAUGAUUAUGAUUAUUUGUUGUUUUCUAGGCCUUUGUUUGCUUCAGUCAGCUGCUGUGCUUUUCUUCUGCAUAUAUAAUUAUGAAUGGGUGGUAUCAACUCCAGACCUCGUCAUGUUAAAUAAAUAACAGCACAGUCCCGAUUUCUUUAUACAGGAAGCUAAUUACAAUGACUGCCUCUCAGCACCAAGGCCACAGUGGACUUCGCUUGUUCCCUUUUUUUUCUUUUUUUUUUUUUUAAAUCAAAGAACCAGCAACUAAAUAUCUAUUUUUCAAUGCAGCCACUCGUGGCUUCGAAACUGGUGGAGGUAGUAAAGUGUCACAUUGUCCAUCUUCAGGAUAUUUUCAGCGAAGUGGGUUUUUUUUGUUGUUGUUGUCAUAUUGCAAGAGGUAAACAUGGGGAUGGGGUAAAAGAAAAAAAAGUGUAUUGUAGGGGGUACUCAGUAUUUAAAUGUCUUAGUCAAAUAUUGAAAGAAUUAUUUGUUCUAGAAAAAAUCUUGUUGAAUGCAAACACUUUUAGAUUUGUCUGCAGGAUGCAUUGGAAUCUUUGUGAAGAUUGUGUCACAUUAGUGAACAGAUGAGACCUUUAUGUAUUGAUGUCAUUAAGUCAUUUUGGCGGCUCCACUUUUCACACCCAAAAACUCUCUCAGGGUUCCUACAUGUGGGGGAACAAAAUACAUUUUAACGUCUUAGUCUUCACACAUUCAAGGAAGAAAUAGAACAGCCCAGAAAACGCUCAUUGGCACAUGAAUAAUAUUUGUUGUCCUGGUAACAGUCCCUGACACCCUGAGUGAUGGCGCACAUUUGUCUGUUGGCAGAUGAACUGACCAAAACUAUCAAGUCAAUUUAAAGGAUGAAAUAAAGUUAGGGGAAAUGUAUGAUAUUUGGAAGAGGGGGAAAAUAUGUAGGAACCCUAAAAUGUUGAAAAUGAUGUAUCAUUAUUGGUUUAGAUGUAUAAAUCAAUAUUGUAUAUUAAUUAAUGUGGUCUGUUUUUUUCCGUUGCUGUAUCCUGUUUGUUUAUUUUCUGAACAGAAUUCACAAACUUGGCCGAUUGGAAACCUAAUUAUCUUUAUUUUAAACAGGUUUUCUCUGGAAUAUUUCCCAGUGUGGACAACACAUCUUUCUUUUCCAGGAUACAGUUAUAUUUAUGCUAAGGAGGUGCUACAAAGAUAUUAUAAAACUACUGAUAAACUGUCUUUCCCAACACUGUCACCUUGUACAUACUGCAGGCCUUGUGUAUUGUGAUUUCAAUUUGUAAAUGUCACUUACCUUUUUUUUUCUGUCAUCACAACUGAAAUAUUGGAACACGUGUGUGUUCCUGUUUCCAAAUAAUGUCCAUCAAGAAAAACCUAUUUCAUAGGGAUUAAAGUGGGUUGCUAGUCGCCAGCUCUUCUGUGUUUUGUGUGUUCAGUGGCCUGAAAGGUUCAAGGGAGUCGUACAUUUGUGGACCAGCCAUGGAAAGAUGAUGGAAAAAGUUUCCUUGGCAUUUUUAGAGUUUAUUUCAAUGGAGAUGCAUUGAAGAUAAGAAAGAUUCCUACAUGUGUUACUGUUAAUCAAGAAAUCCAUCAAUACUACAUAACAAAACAGGAUUUAUAACAUUU